CAAAGUUACUGAAAGUUAGCUAGUGUGUAAUAAAAUAAACGUUAGUAUUAAUAUGGAAAACAACAAAAAACCAUAUUAUAAAUAUUGCGUCGUUCCUAUGUGCGAAAAUAAUAUAAAAACUGCACCUGACAAAGUUUAUUUCCUAAUGCCGAAAGGUGGAGAUGUAAGGAAAACCUGGUGCUUGGCGAUGAGCAGGGAAAUGGUAUCUUUAUCGAGCUGUUUAUAUUGUUGUGAAGAUCACUUUGACAUUGAAAAGGAUACAGAGAAUUACAUGGAAUACAAAAUAAUGACAUUAGAACAUGGACAAAAAGUGACAUUACGCUUAAAAAGAGGAGUAGUACCAUAUAUAUUUAAAUGUCAGAACAAAGUUAAGUUGCAGCCACCACCGGAGAGCAACUGUCCUAGCAAAAGAAAAAGUUCAAAUAACCGAUCAAGAAUGGAUACAGAGUAUGUAAAGGAACCUUACGAUGUCCCGGGGGACGCUUGUUGGCCGUCUUCGAGCAGGCAUUCUGAAGCUGUGUCUCUAGAAACCAAUGAUUUCCGAAUCAAGAAAGAAAUUGUAGAUCUACAGGAAGAGAUAAAACAGUUUGAUAAACAAGAAAUCCACAUAAAGGAACAAUAUGUAUAUGAAUAUGCAUAUGAUCCAGUAGUAGAUGAUAUUGAUAUAGAAGAAGAGAUCAGCCAAAAGAAAGAAAAUAUAAACGAAGAAGUAAUCAACUCACAUGAUCAUGAUAUUGACAUGAAAAUAAAUACUGAUAUGAAAACAGAAGUCAGAAUUAAAGAAGAACCCAACGCGGGUGAUGAAGUUGAUGUAAAUCUAGAUUUUAUUGAAUUGCAAGAUAAAUAUGUGAAGGUUAAGCAAGAAGUUAUUGAUAUACAUGAUAUAGAUUUCAAUGUUAAUGAAGAAUUUAAUACACGAGAGGAUGUUAAUGACGUAAAUCAAGACGAUAUUGAACUGCAAAAUAAAGAUGUCAAUGGUAAGCAAGAAGUUAUUGAUACAAAUGAUAAAGAUUUCAAUGUUAAUGAAGAAUUUAUUAAACGAGAGGAUGUUGAUGACGUAAAUCAAGACAAUAUUGAAUUGCAAAAUAAAGAUGUCAGUGUUAAGCAAGAAGUGGAUGUACAAGAUCAUUUUGAAGAAGUAAGCCAAGCUGAUUUGCAAAAUAUUGAUCCAAAACAUGAGUUUGACAUACAAGAUGACAUCAGUAGUGAGACUGGUCUGCAGAAGCAAACAAAGAAAGAGAUAGAUGCAAAGCAGAUGGGUUUGCAGAAGAAGGACAUAAAAAAAGAGACAGAUGCAAAGCAAACAGGUCUGCAGAACGAGCAAAUACAGAAAGAGAUAGAUGCCAAUCAUUCGGGUUUGCAGAAAGAGCAAACACAGAAAGAGAUAGAUGCAAAGCAGAUGGGUUUACAGAAGCAAACAAAGGAAGAGAUAGAUGCGAAGGACAAGGGUUUGCAGAAGGCAGUGCAAAUAAAGAAAGAGAUGGAAGAUCUGUAUUCGGAACAUGAGGUGCUAGAAGAAAUUGUGGUGGGCCCUGUCGUUGUUGAGACUCGUGCAAAAUCUACAAGGAAAGAUAAAGAGGAUUUGCUGAUCGUCGCGAGUUCGGACCAAGUCGAAUGCCACAUCUGCUCUCUCGUGUGCAAGUAUCCCAGCCAUUUAAAGGUACACAUUCGAAGACACACGAAACAGAAACCUUUCUCAUGCAAACAAUGUAACAAAAAAUUCACUGUACGAUACAGUUUAGAACAACACAAGCGCGUCCAUACUGGCGCUAGACCUUACUCCUGUAGCUCGUGUGACAAACAGUUUGCAUACAAAAGCGGUUUAACGAUACAUGAACGGACACACACAGGGGAAAAACCAUAUGCCUGCACUAUGUGCAACGAAACCUUCAUUUGUUUAAGUAAUUUAAAGAGUCACAAACGAAGACACGCUGAUGAAAAGCCUUUUUCUUGUAACUUGUGCGAAAAGAGAUUUACCCAGCGAAGUUCAUUAAACAGCCACGAGAAACUCCAUAAAGGAAUAAAAGCACACUCGUGUAGUACGUGUAAUAAAGAGUUUUCGAAACUAAGUAAUUUGAAAGUACAUGAACGAAGUCACACGGGUGACAAACCUUAUUCUUGCAGAUAUUGCGAAAAAAAGUUUACAGUUCGUAGUCACUUGAAGAAUCAUGAGCGUAUCCAUACCCGUGACAAGCCCUAUUCUUGUGGAAUAUGUAACCAAACGUUUACUCAGCAAAGUGCUUUAAUAUGUCAUGAACGGACCCACACAGGACAGAAACCAUAUUCAUGUGAAACUUGUGAUAAAAAGUUUUCUAACAGCGACCAUUUAAAGGUUCACGAGCGUAUACACAGCGGGCAAAAACCUUAUUCCUGUAAAAUAUGUAAGGAAACCUUCAUUUAUAGUAGUUCUUUAAAGAGUCAUCUACGUACUCAUUCUGGUGAACGGCCAUACUAUUGUGACAUAUGUAAGAAAACCUUUUCACACCGGAACACUUUGAAGGUUCACAUACGUACUCACUCGGGUGAGAGACCGUUUUCGUGCGGGUCAUGUGAGAAAGCAUUCAGCACCCGCCACAGUCUACUUUGCCACGAACGUGUACACAGCGGUGACAAACCAUAUGCCUGUAAUGUAUGUAAUAAGAGUUUUUCUCAACGGGUUACAUUAAUAAAUCAUGAAAGGCUUCACACAGGUGACAAACCAUUCUCGUGUAAGACGUGUAAGAAGAGGUUUACGAACCGCAGCGGUUUAUUCAGCCACAAGUGUGAACAGAUGCAGAACCGUAUUGCAACGAGUUAAGGUAUAGAAAUAAAUAAUAAAUAUUGGGGACACCUUACACAGAUCAACUUAGCCCCAAACUAAGCAAAGCUUGUACUAUGGGUGCUAAGCGACGAUAUACAUACAUA